CGCCGACGCCGACGCCGAUAGUCGACGUCACCGACGCCGACGCUACACCGAAGGGAAGCGCCGAACGACCGAACGAGCUUUCCAGUGAUUUUCUCUGUACGCGUGUACACAGACAUAGGAAGGCAUCGCAGCGCAUGCUGAAAGCUUCCACUAUCGAUCCACCUGCGCCCGAGCUUCCUCGCUCGCUUCACAAGUUUCGCGAACGUCGUCUAGAUAAAACAGUGUUGCGUGCAGCUGCCGCAACGAGACAUAUUUUUUAAUUCUCCGUAGACUUUCGUGAUUUUUAGCAGCGAGUCGCGAGACACAGCAGGAGGAGGAAACGAUGACGCGUCGUAUGGAUUAUAGCAAGGCCAUCCUUGUAUUAUGGUGUGUCUCGAGCACAGCGAUCAGCGUCCCCAGCACUUCGUCGUUGCCGCAAAAGUUAGACGAGCAACUGUACACGACACGCAGGACGCCGAAAGUGCGAAUCGACCUACCUGUUUCCAAGUCGAAGCAGCCUGUGGGAGAUUUCAGCGGGAACGAAAUUCUGAACUCUGAGAGAACCACGACGACGAUGCUGUUGGAGUCAACGACAACGCACAAAUCAUUUUCCACGGACCAGCCUCUGUACCGUUUAGACGGCAGCAACGGGCAAGCUUGCAUUCUUCUACAAGUGGACGCUUUGAUCACGGUGAAAUAUCGCACAAAGCUGGGAGAGGAUCAGGAAGCGAACAUUUAUGUACCGAACGAUGCCACGGUGACCGGGAACUGCAACGACGAGAACACGGUUACGAUGUCUUUGAAGUGGAACGCGUUCCUGCUUUCGUGGAGCUUCGCAAAGACGCCGGGCGGAGAACGGUGGUACGUCGAGAAAAUUGAGCUGACCUAUAAUUCGAGCGACCGACACUUCGAGCACAUCGAUCAGCCGGGCAAGACCAUCCGGUUGAGCACCGCGCAGAAACACAGCCCCAUGUUGUUCCCCACGCCGAUCGGGAAGUCGUACGCGUGCAAUAACGAGACGGCAAUACCCCUGACUGACGGCAAGAACCACGCCAGCGUGCUGCUCAGAGGUAUGAAGCUGCAACCGUUCAAAUUCAAAAACAACGAGUUCGCGGCCGAGUUCUCCUGCACGGCGCUGAGCGCGCGCGGAUUCCGGGACGAGACCGCGCCAGUCGCUGUCGGCUCGACGUUGGCCGCCGCUGUUCUGCUGACCAUCACCGGUUACGCAGCUUUCCGUUACUUCAAAGUCAAAAAGGUCAAGUACGACACCAUGGAGUAAGGAAGGUGUCCAGGAGGUUUACAAGAUGAUCGACGAUCAAGCCGCGCGAAUGUAAAUCAACGCCGAGGAUAACGGAACCGAUCGUUCGUUUUUUUCUUUCUUUAUCGCCGGAACGAUCGGUGCCGGGAUCGUCCGCAUCGCACGAAUAUAUAUCAUCUCGAUUAUCGAACGCGCGGAGCCGGACUCCGGCGGAUUCGCAUAAUUCCCGUCGAUCUAAAGCGAACGCGGGAAAUCGGUUGUCCUCGAGUCACCGAUAGGAGAACGAAGCCCUGUCAGGCAGCUAACAGUUUUCGAGGAACGAGUUGGAAGUUAGUCGAUCGAUCUUUAUCGCGACUUCGCGAAUUCCGUUUCCUUGCCGAACGCGACCGUAACGAUCGGAUCCGCGAUUUUUCGAGUGUCGACGUGUACAUAAUACUAGUAUUAUUAUUACUAUUCUUAUUCUUACUAUUAUUAUCAUUAUCGUUUAUCUUUCUUAUUAUCACUGUCGUCAUCGUCAUUAUUGUUAUCAUCGAAGUUUAUUUACUUGUAGCGAUUUCCCUCGAACUGCUUCCAUUUUUACGGCGCCGCGAAACAAGAUCCCCGUUCUGAACUGCAUCGGAAUAACUGCUUCUACUUACACAUUUUCCACGCGUUCAGCGUAUUCUAUUUUUCGCUAAACGCACGUUGGCGAUCCAACUCACCGUAAAUACCGUUGCGUUUCGACGGGCACGUUGACAGUCGGAACGAUGAUUUUCUAAUUUGCCGAUUGUUCUUCGCGGUCUUGCAUCUAAUUCCUGUUUACGUGUACUACGGUUCCUAGUAUAAGUCGUUUCGUUUUCAACUUCAGAUCGUGGAUGUAAUAUAUCGUGUAAAUAUGUUGCAGCGAUCGGCGAAGCUCGCGAUCCAUUAGUCGUUCGUUCAUGUUUACGACGAGAAGGUGUCUACCGCGGGGGGAAAUUAAACGCGCGGUCGUCGUCUGCUCGAAUAGAUUGAUUUCACUUGGUUAUCCCGCUUCCUUUCGACUGCAAAACGACUCGAGCGGCCUCGGCGGCCCUCGGGCCGAGCGAACUUCGACGACCGCGCGGAAUUUUUCAAUAUCCUUUAACAUAUCACGAACGUGCAUUCAUUGUUAGUCGAUGAAUAGACCAUUUUACCGAUGUACUAGCGUAUAAACUCGUUCCUGGGACGAUCGGGUCGAUUUAGAAAACACGAACGGCUUAGACAAGCGUUCCUCUCGGUCCUUAAACUCUUCGUACGCAAAAGAUUUCGUAGAGCGGGAAGAAAUAGCGGAGGGAAGAUAUGAAAAUCGAACGAUUCUCCAAAAAAAUCCCGUUGAACGUAGCUAUAGUUACGGAGCAAUUGCAUACUUACGAGGAACCUGUAUGUGUGUUUGCGACACGUAUAAAUUUAAUACAAUUAUCGAUAUAUGAACCUCUGUCUUCCAAGCGCAUAUUAAAGUUGAAACUUCGUGUGUAAAUAUAUAAAUACUUACAUACAUAUACGUAUAUAUACAUAUAUAUGUAUAUUAUGAGUAUCGCGUAUCAUAUUUCUGUGACGAAGUCAACGUUGUUAGGAUCGUCGAUUCGCGAAUCUGCGUUGGCAGAACGGAGGAAUGUCUUUCCCUAUUCGCGCGAUUCGAUGAAUUCCAGAACGGACGGACGAGAGAUAGAGAAAAAGUGUGAAAAAAGAGAGAAAAAUGUAACGAUAUAGAGAAUACGAGAGAAAGGGAGGGAAAGGGAGAGCGUGCACGCCACGGACCGUGGGUCUCCGCGAUCGGUUGCAAGACAUUUCUACGUUUAAAUUUUUAUGCUACGAGAAAGUUAUUUACAAUAGGUACUCCGAUCUUAUCACGGAGAUGGUCUACAUGUAAUUACGAAGAUGUAUUUUUGUGCUAAUGCCAAUCUUAUUAUACAUAAAUAUUAUCAACGGUUAGGAGGUAGUCGAUCGAGAGGUUGCAGGAUUCCUUGCCGCGCCGCGGUCGUCGCGAUGAGAGAAUCGCCUCGGUUUUCCGUUUGGAACGGCGCGGAGGAAAAGCCGCGUGGCCCGGCGAGGAAACCGUGCGAAGCCCCCGACAGUUCCGUUGGAACACGACCAGUCCAAUCGAGUCGAGUUACGAGAGAACGCGACGAAUUACGAAUCAUAUCGCUUGUCCUAUUUCUGCAAUGUUAAGUAUCGUAAUACUUAUUUUAACGCGUCGAGUCGCGUCACGCGAGAAACAGAAGGCGGACUACUCACGUAUUUGCGGAACACGGCCACAGGAUGGUACGUAAUAAGAGUCUAUUAAGAUUGUAGCAUAUCGAUCAAAU